AUGGGGUCCCAGGUGCGUGGUCUCAGCCCGAAGAAGGCGACGAGGUGCGUGCUCUCGCGGACCAGUCCGGCGCAAUAUGGGGUUCCAGGCGCGUGGUCUCAGCCCGAAGAAGGCGGAGGCGGGGACGAGGCGGGGACGAGGCCGGAGCGCUUAUCCUCGACCAACGUGGAGUCCCAGGUACGCGAUCUCGGCCCGAAGAAGGUGAAGGUGGGGUGCUUGAAGCCAGAAGAAGGCGAGCUUCAAGAGGAGGCGACAACAAGCUCGAAGGACUUACUCUCAGAAUACGUUCUCGGCGCGUGGUCUCAACCUGAAGAAGACAGAGGCGGCGACAAGGUGCGCGGUCUCAACUUGAAGAGGAUGGAGGCGGGAACCAGGCCGGCGCACUUCUCCUCAACCAAUAUCGGGUCCGAGGUGCGUGGUCUCAACUCGAACAGGUGCAUGGUUUCAUCUUGGAGAAAAGAGAAAGGACGAGGCAUCAACCAAUAUGAGGAAGCUCAAGCUGAAGAAGACAGAGGUAAGAACGAGGUGUGGAAGUUCAAGCUGAAGAAGACACAGGCGUGGAAGCUCAAGCUGAAGAAGGGCAAGGACAAGGUGCGUAUCCUCAAGAAGAAGAAGGCCGGGUGCGUGGUCUCAGUCGAAGAAGGCGGAGGCAGGGACGAGGCCGGAGCACUCAUCCUCAACCAAUAUGGGGUCCCAGGUGCGUGGUCUCAGCCCGAAGAAGGCGACGAGGCCGGAGCGCUUUUCCUCAACCAAUAUGUUCCAGGCGCGUGCUCGGAGGCGGGAGCGCGUAUCCUCAACCAAUAUGGGGUCCCAGGUGCGUGCUCUCGCGGACCAGGCCGGCGCAAUAUGGGGUUCCAGGCGCGUGGUCUCAGCCCGAAGAAGGCGGAGGCGGGGACGAGGCCGGAGCUGGGGUCCCAGGUGCGUGCUCGGCAGGGACGAGGCCGGAGCGCUUAUCUCAACCAAUAUGGGGUCCCAGGUGCGAAAGCGGAGGCGGGGACGAGGCCGGAGCGCUUAUCCUCGACCAACGUGGAGUCCCAGGUACGCGAUCUCGGCACGAAGAAGGUGAAGGUGGGGUGCUUGAAGCCAGAAGAAGGCGAGCUUCAAGAGGAGGCGACAACAAGCUCGAAGGACUUACUCUCAGAAUACGUUCUCGGCGCGUGGUCUCAACCUGAAGAAGACGGAGGCGGCGACAAGGUGCGCGGUCUCAACUUGAAGAGGAUGGAGGCGGGAACCAGGCCGGAGCACUUCUCCUCAACCAAUAUCGGGUCCGAGGUGCGUGGUCUCACCUCGAACAGGAAGCGCAAGCUGAAGAAGACAGAGGUGUGGAAGUUCAAGCUGAAGAAGACAGAGGCGUGGAAGCUCAAGAUGAAGAAGGGCAAGGACAAGGUGUGGAAGCUCAAGCCGAAGAAGACAGAGGCAAGGACAAUCCAAGGUAUGGAAGCUUGUGCGAAAGCGGAGGCGGGGACGAGGCCGGAGCGCUUAUCCUCGACCAACGUGGAGUCCCAGGUACGCGAUCUCGGCCCGAAGAAGGUGAAGGUGGGGUGCUUGAAGCCAGAAGAAGGCGAGCUUCAAGAGGAGGCGACAACAAGCUCGAAGGACUUACUCUCAGAAUACGUUCUCGGCGCGUGGUCUCAACCUGAAGAAGACAGAGGCGGCGACAAGGUGCGCGGUCUCAACUUGAAGAGGAUGGAGGCGGGAACCAGGCCGGAGCACUUCUCCUCAACCAAUAUCGGGUCCGAGGUGCGUGGUCUCAACUCGAACAGGAAGCUCAAGCUGAAGAAGACAGAGGUGUGGAAGUUCAAGCUGAAGAAGACACAGGCGUGGAAGCUCAAGCUGAAGAAGGGCAAGGACAAGGUGCGUAUCCUCAAGAAGAAGAAGGCCGGGAGCGGGAACGAAGCCGUGCAGGCUCGCCUGCAUGGUGUCCCAGGUGCGUGGUCUCAGUCGAAGAAGGCGGAGGCAGGGACGAGGCCGGCGCAAUAUGGUGUUCCAGGCGCGUGGUCUCAGCCCGAAGAAGGCGGAGGCGGGGACGAGGCGGGGACGAGGCCGGAGCGCUUAUCCUCGCCCAACGUGGAGUCCCAGGUACGCGAUCUCGGCCCGAAGAAGGUGAAGGUGGGGUGCUUGAAGCCAGAAGAAGGCGAGCUUCAAGAGGAGGCGACAACAGGCGGCGACAAGGCCGGAUCGCCUAUCCUCAACUGUCAUGGGUUCCCAGGUGCGCGGUCUCAACUUGAAGAGGAUGGAGGCGGGAACCAGGACGGAGGCGAGGAGAGGCCGGAGUACCUAUGCAAGGACAAGGCUGGCGUGAAAGCUCAAGCUGAAGAAGACAGGGGCAGGGACAAGGCGUGGAAGCUCAAGCUGAAGAAGGGCAAGGACAAG